CCAAAAAGCAAACAACAGGCAGAAGAGAAAAAAAAAAAAGAAAAAAGGAUCAUGACUCGGAACUCGCAACGUUCACACGACUCGCCGAGUCAACUCGGCCUUCUCUCUCUGUGUUCGACUGUUCUGUGCUGUUGCUUUCUUCUCUACCUCUGCGCUGCCACACGCAUACGCCCUCUUUUUCCUCUUUCCCGCUUCGGUGCCCCUUUUCGUCAUUUCGCCCCCCCUCCCAUCUUCCUCCUCGCGAAAUCAGACGGCGCGCCUCUCUCCACGUCACCAUCGUCUUCUUCGUCCCCACGGCGACCUCUCCUACGCACACAUCUAGAUUAUAAUUUUCAUGUAAAAUACCAUCGAAAUUAUUAACCUCUUCGUCUUUUAGCUCUCUCUCUAUGGCCUUUUAGGGUUUCUCAUCUUCCACCCAAACGCAAUCUCUCUUCUCUCUCUCUCUCUCUCCUCUCUUUCUCUCGACGAACCUUCGAGUUCUCGCACCUCCGUGCUCUGCUGGUCAAUUUCGCCAUUGAAGCUCGCCGCAGGGUUUUGAUUCGGUGAUGGUUUGAAAUUUGGGGACUUGGAGGUGGCUUGGUGUGAAACUUGUGAGUCUGUUUGAUUUUGGCGGGUUGGGUUUGGGUUGUGUUGGGAUUCAUGGCAAUUGAGAAGAACAACUUCAAGGUUUCGAGGCUUGAUUCGGAGUUUUCUCCCAGUAGUAGGAAGAGUAUGUCUAGUGAUGAGGAUGAGCUACAACAGCGUAGCUCUGCUGCGGAAUCGGAUGACGAUGAUGAAUUUAAUGAUGCGGACUCGGGAGCGGGGUCUGAUGACUUUGAUUUGUUGGAAUUGGGAGAAACUGGUGUGGAGUUUUGCCAAGUUGGGAACCAGACUUGUAGCAUUCCUUUUGAGCUGUAUGAUCUUCCAAGCCUUGAAGAUAUAUUGUCAGUGGAUGUGUGGAAUGAGUGCUUGAGUGAGGAGGAGCAGUUUGGCCUCACUAAGUAUCUGCCUGAUAUGGACCAGGAGACCUUUAUGAUUACCUUGAAAGAGCUUUUUACGGGUUGCAACUUUCAUUUUGGGAGCCCUGUUAAGCAGUUGUUCGAUAUGUUGAAGGGAGGUUUGUGUGAACCAAGAGUUGCUCUUUACCGGGAGGGUUUGAAUUUCUUUCAGAAGCGGCAGCACUACAAUCUUUUGAGGAAGCAUCAGAACAGUAUGGUUAGUAAUCUCUGUCAAAUAAGGGAUGCUUGGCUUAAUUGCAAGGGAUAUAGUAUUGAGGAGAGGCUCCGGGUGCUGAAUAUUAUGAGAAUCCAAAAGAGUUUGAUGGGUGAGAAGAUAGAGGAUAUGGAGGCUGACUCAUCAGAAAGAGAGUCGGGUGAAGGUUUACGGAGCAACAAAAUCAAGGACAGGAAAACUGCACAGAAAAUGGCUCGUUAUUCUCUAUAUGGGGUGGAUACAAGUGUGGAACUUGCAUCAAAAGGGAGGUCGUCAGCUAUGGAAUUGGCAAAAUAUGGGAAGCAGAAUCCGAAAGGUAUACUGAAGUUGGCUGGGUCCAAGACUCCUUCAGCAAAAGAGCUAGCAAACCAUUCAGGACCAUACAGUUCAGCCGUAGCUCUUCCUCGGCAGCAUAAAGCAGUAGGGGAUGAUGCUGGAGCAGCACUCAGAAUAAGGGAUCAAUUUAUAAGUGGUGAUGAUGUUGAAGACGCAACAUAUGGAUUUGACAUUCAGCGAGAUAGAAAUGUGUCUCGUGGUAGCAGUAUGGAUAGGUCUGGUGUUUUCAAAGUGGUAAAGAAUCAUGACCUUUCAAGAGGUGAUGAAUUAAACACUGACAGUUUGAUGCGUCUGCCUCUCUCCUCAAAGGCUGAUGUUUAUGCCUAUGGUAGGAACCGCAGUGCAAACCUUUUGUCAGAGGCAAAUGUUUUAACAGCAAAGUCUCCUAACUUGAGAGCUCCCUAUGAAUUUGGUAAAAAGGCCAAGUAUCCAGAAAAUAUUCAUCAAUUCACAGUUGGGGAGCAGAUGAAGUCCUUGAAAGCCAGAUUUCCACAGCCACCGCUCAGAGGAGAUCGAGCUGACUUAUCAGAACGUGCAGAACCAUUCUGGCAUAAAAGGACUGAAGGGGAUACUUUUUCUAUGGAUUCUCCCCUAAGAGCGGAUGAUUGGAAUGCUAGGAGCAAGAAAUGGAAGUUAGGGAGGGAGUCUCCUGAUCUUAAUCACAAAUCAUAUAGAGCUUCGCCACCACAGAUGAAUGCUAGGUUUAUAUCUUCUGAAUUUAGAGCAAAACCAUUGCAAGAGAAGAUGAGAGAUAAGAGAAUACAAAAUGGAGUAUCAGAAAUGGCAGCAUUGAAAGGUAAUAGAAUGUUUGUAAAAAAUGAAGAUACAGAAUCAGACUCAUCGGAGCAAUUUGACGACGAUGAGGAUAGCAACCCGUUGUUGAGGAGGAAGCUGGCUUAUCCCAGUGGUGCUAUGGAAACUUCUCCAUCUUCUUUGUUGAAUCCCACUCUAGAAGCAAAAAGGGCCAAAUAUGCGAAGAAAGAGGUGAAGGAGAGUUUCCAGGCUCUUGAUGGGAUCGAUUACUCCAGUAAGAUGGGUGGUUUUGCUGAACAUGGACAUAUGCGUAAUCGAGAGAACUAUUCUUCCAAAGCAAAACAAAAGGGUAAGAUGCGAGACAAUAGUCCCUUGCAUAACUCUUCGACUAGAGCUUUCGAAGAGCGUUAUAUCCCGGGCUUGAGUAAAUUUAAUGAUGAAGGUGAUGAUUAUGAUGAACAGAAACAAAUCUACAAAUUGGGCAAGAAUGCCCAAUUUCAAGGGGAAGCUGGUGAAAGUUUGCACACACCCUCAUGGAAGGUCUACACUGGAAAGCAGAAAAGACAAGUUGGCCAUGAUCAUUCUGUGCCAGAGUCUCGCUAUUCUGUUGACGAGGAGGAUGAUUCGCUUGGAAUGCGGUUCCUAGGGAAUGGUGGUGGACGGGGUAAUAUCAGGAAGAAAGAUCAGAACAUUGAAGAAUAUGUGAGUGAUCGCCAUGAAAGAAUUGAGGUCCCAUUAUUGGGGUGCAACAUGAUGGCAAAGAAGCGGCAAGGGAAGGAGGAUGUGUCGGAUACUGGUAGAGGUGAUGAAGAUGGCGACCUCCAGUCUAACCAGAAACGGCUCAUUGUUGAUUCCAGUUCCUUGAAAAAAAAGGCAAAGAGGAAGCUAGAGAAUGAGACUGUUAGUUCAGAUGUAGAAAUUUCUGAGCAACCAAUUACAGAAAUGGGAGCAACAGAUAUGGAGCCGGAAACCAGGCCCCAGAAAAAGCCAUUUACUCCAAUUACACCUACAGUUCAUACUGGUUUCUCAUUCUCGAUUAUACAUCUUCUUUCAGCUGUUCGCUUGGCAAUGAUCACUCCAGUCCCAGAAGGUACUGUUGGGGAAUCUGCGGAUGAGCCAAACAAAACUCACGAGGGUGCUGUCAAUGGGGUUCUUUCUUGUGAAAAGGCAGCUGUCAGUAACUCAGAGCUUGCUGGAGAAAUGAAUAUGCCUUCUCUAACGGUUCAGGAGAUUGUGAACCGUGUUAGCUUGAAUCCAGGAGAUCCUUGUAUUCUUGAGACACAAGAGCCACUUCAGGAUCUUGUGAGAGGAGUUCUAAGGAUCUUUUCAUCAAAAACAGCACCUUUAGGAGCAAAGGGUUGGAAGACACUGGUUGCCUUUGAAAAAGCUACAAAAAGCUGGUCGUGGACUGGUCCAGUUUCUCAGAGUUCAUCAGAUCACGACGCCAACGAGGAGGUGAUAUUUCCUGAAGCAUGGGGUCUUCCGCACAAAAUGCUUGUCAAGCUGGUGGAUUCGUUUGCAAAUUGGCUCAAAUGUGGGCAAGAUACCAUUCAACAAAUUGGAAUUCUUCCGGCACCGCCCUUGGAGUUGAUGCAGCUCAACCUGGAUGAGAAAGAAAGGUUCAGGGAUUUAAGAGCUCAAAAGAGUCUUAACACUAUUAGCCCAAGUUCCGAAAUAGUGAGGGCUUAUUUCCGUAAGGAGGAGGUUCUCAGGUAUUCAAUUCCAGACAGGGCCUUCUCUUACACAGCAGCAGAUGGUAAAAAAUCCAUUGUUGCCCCAUUGAGAAGGUGCGGUGGUAAGCCAACAUCAAAAGCCCGAGAUCACUUUAUGUUGAAACGUGAUCGACCACCGCAUGUUACAAUUCUUUGUCUUGUGAGAGAUGCAGCUGCAAGGUUGCCUGGAAGUAUUGGCACCAGAGCAGAUGUUUGCACUUUGAUAAGAGAUUCUCAAUACAUUGUUGAAGAUGUGUCUGAUGCACAAGUUAAUCAAGUUGUUAGUGGAGCCUUGGAUCGGUUGCAUUAUGAGCGUGAUCCAUGUGUGCAAUUUGAUGGGGAAAGGAAAUUAUGGGUCUAUUUACAUAGAGAAAGAGAAGAAGAAGAUUUUGAGGAUGAUGGUACUUCAUCUACAAAGAAAUGGAAGAGGCAGAAAAAGGAUGCUGGCGAUCUACCUGACCAAGGAGCAGUGACUGUAGCUUAUCAUGGGACUGAGGAACAAACUGGGUAUGAGAUGUGCUCCGAUCUCAAUGUUGAGCCAUCAUGUUUGGAUGAUAUGCAACAAGAUGUGGAGGAUAAUACUGAUACCAAUAACGGGUCUGAACAAGAUGAAAUGCGCCAAGGCAAUCCAAUGCUUUGGGAGGGUCAUGGCUUGAAUCCAAUGUGUGAAAACAAAUUGCUGUGUCAGGAAAAUUCCACAAAUGAAGAUUUUGAUGAUGAAACGUUUGGGAGAGAAAGGACAGUUGGGCUCUUGAGUGCAAGCUUAUUGUGAGGUUAUAUUGAGGCAUAGCACUCCACCUUCCCAUCAGAUCGCAUUUUUGUUCCCGGUCAAGGAGCGUGUCAUACAUUGAAGGUGCAGUAUUUUUGCAUAUAGUAUUGAUUCUAUCACGAAAAUGUAGGUUAGAAAUUUAGUCUUGUUCGAGGCUCAUGAGUUGGUACGGGUGGGUGGAUAUAUAAAUAUAUCUAUAUCUAUAUAAUUCUGCCUUUCCAUAAAUAAAUUUUUUGUCUUUAUAUAUUUAGAUCUUGAAGAAGAAGAAGAAGCAAAAAAAUGUAGUUGAUAGUUGAUGGUGGUGUACAUUAAGUGAGCAAAAAUGGCCAAUUCCAUGUUUGGUUUUUUUUUA